AUGCUUGAUAUGAUUGCUAGCAAGUACAAGCUUAGUUCUUUAUUCUGGGAGCUAGCCUCUUGCUUCUACGAUCGCGACUUAAAUAUCGAAGAGAUCUUUUGUCUUCCCUUCUCAGAGGUCCGAAAUGGUUCAUCUAUAGGUAGGUCAUCUUCCCCCGCGACCCAUAAUACGAAAAUUGGACUCAAACAAUACUCAGAGAUAUCAUACACACUUAAAUAUCGGGAGUAUAAGCCAAAGAAAAACAAGUGGACAAUUCGACAGACAGGUAUCUACCAUCGAUACGACACUGUAACAUGCCAGAGUCUAUUUGUAUUGCUCAGUUCAACGCCUUCGUCUAAAGCACAUUGCGAAGUAGAAGAAAUGCUUCACAGCCAGGGAUUGGAAACAAAUUUCGAAGCUUUUCAGUUGCACCGAGUCCCGUUCACGGCCUACUUCGCAGCAUGGAGGGAAUACAUCGCGCAAGAGGAGGGCCAGUUCAUACCCCUUUCACACUGCUUAUUCGGGGACUUCAUUCAUGAGCCGUUAAGUGUGGGCUACGACAGUCUCAGCGCACUCACCUCUCUUGAGACUCGGCUUUUACAGAUUCCGACCAUGCUUGCGUCAGCAACAGAUACCUUAGACGAGCUCUGCGUGUUGUUCGAAACUGUAUUACAGACGACAGAGAGCCGGAAAGGGAUCGCGGACAUGAGGAAUCAGCGUCGACGGUGUGUCGCGUACUCAAAAACAGCCUCUCACCUGCAACAACAAGUGCACAUGGUUUCUGGUCUCCUAACCAACACGUUGUUAUUCCGCGACCAAUUUGUGGCGAAAGAGCAAAACAAAAGCCUCUUUCAGUUGAACAAGUCGGCAGUGUUCCUGACCACAUUGGGUUUGCUAUAUCUUCCUUCAUCGUUCAUGGCGACAUUCUUUGGGAUGAACUUUUUCAUCAUGGACGAAACCAAGCGUACUAUUGUUGGUACGUCUAUGAUAUGGAUAUACCUCGUAUCUUCGGCCGCCUUGACAGUAGUGACGUUCCUCCUUUACAACUGGUUGCUGCGUCGGGACAAUUCAACGUUGAACAAACUUGCCCCAAAAGAAAAGCCUACUUUGGAAUGGAAUAAUAUAAAGAAAAUUCAGAAGCGGUUGACAUUUAGGAACAGAAAGAACGAUGGACUACAGGAGUCAAAAGCCUAA